AUGGCAUAUCAAUAUGAACAAUAUCAACAACAGCCACCUUACGGAGGCAGUGCAGAAAAUAAAACAACACUAUGGAUGGGCGAGCUUGAGCCGUGGAUGGACGAAAGUUACAUAAGACAGAUCUGGUACCAGCUUGGCGAAAACGUGAAUGUAAAAUUCAUUAGAGAUAAGUUCACAGGAGCGAAUGCUGGUUACUGCUUUGUGGAUUUCGUAAGUAAUGCUGCCGCGGUCAAAGCCUUAAAUACAGUAAAUGGGACACCAAUUCCCGGUACCAAUCGAUUAUUUAAAUUGAAUUGGGCAUCUGGAGGCGGAUUAACUGAUAGAAAGGAUGAUCGUGGUCCGGAAUUUUCGAUUUUUGUUGGUGAUUUGGGACCAGAAGUAAAUGAAUGGAUGUUGGUGUCCGUUUUUCAACAACGGUAUACCACUUGUAAAUCUGCUAAGAUUAUGACUGAUCCUAUGACUGGCAUGUCACGCGGAUACGGGUUUGUUAGGUUUGGUGAAGAAUCUGAACAACAGCGUGCUCUUGUAGAGAUGCAAGGUGCGUUCUGUGGUAAUCGACAAAUGCGAAUUUCCACAGCGACACCGAAAAACAAAAUUGGCCUUCAAGGAAAUUACUAUCAGCAGCCUUCCCAACAAAACCCCGUCUUAAACCAAUAUAACGAUCCGAAUAAUACUACCGUUUUUGUCGGCGGACUAUCCGGCGUGAAUAGCGAAGAAGAAUUGAGAAGCUACUUUCAAGGUUUUGGAGAAAUUACUUAUGUAAAAAUACCACCUGGUAAAGGUUGUGGUUUUGUGCAAUUUGUUCAUAGACAGAGUGCCGAAAUGGCAAUUAACCAAAUGCAACAUUACCCAAUUGGAAACUCUAGAGUACGUUUGUCCUGGGGCAGAUCUCAGACCGAUAAAACUACUGUUGGUCCUUAUCGCGGUCCUCAGCAAGCAAGCCCAUAUAAUCCCCUCGGAGGUAUGGCCACAACAACAGGUUAUGGUGCCUAUGCACCAUCAACACCCGUCGCCACCACACCAGUAACGCCGGUUCAACCUUCAAGCUCAACGCCGUUGGUAGAUUCCCUAGAACCGAUCCCUGUUCAACGUAUGAAUGAAAUCUUUAUUUCCAGUAAGGAGGCAAUAAUUGAUCGAAUGGAGUCUGAAUCCAAUUGGAUUGGAAUUUAUGCUCAGUAA